CGCUGAGCCUUUCACCAUGACCCUUGUCCAAUAGCUGAAAGUUGUGGGGCUUAUAUACUAGAAUCCUAGAAGUCCUUACUUCCCACUUUGACGAGCUCAUGGCUGAUGCCUCCGCCGUCCGUCUGAGCAGGCCAUUUCGUUGGCACUCAUUGCUGCCACAGCUAGGAUGGGCUCAUCUUUUGCCUUGCGUUUGCCUCCAAGCUUUUUCCCCUGCUUUGUACUUGUUUUCUUUGUCUUCUCUUUGGUUUACCAGUAUUUCUUUCUGAACCCCCCAGUGCCCGAAGCGUCCUCUUAGUGCAUGGCAACGGGUCGUGUCCCAGCUACUUGAGUUCCCUUGCUUUAGCAACUCAUUCCAACCCACCUUUUACCAACAGCUCUCCCUGUGGAACAUGUUUCAGCUUUGCUUUGUGUAUUGAAGACGGCCUUGUUUCUCAAGAUUGUGGAGCACAUUUCCCGGCCUCGUCGCUUCAGUGGUUCCAAUGUCAUCCUCUCACCAAAACUCAGCUUUCAUUUUGUGGCUACCUUUUGUCCACCCGCAUCUGCCCUCAAGUCUCUUCAACCAGAAAGCAACGUGGCUCCAAGCCUGUAUAAAUUUGGGUGCGAAUCACAACAGGUGUCAUGAUCACCGCCGCUUCCAAACACGUUGUGCGCACAACAUUAUGCGAACCCUUUAGUUUGCGAUGUCAAGGCAUUCCUUUGUCUCUUAGCAGCCGCGUCCGGGCUGCUUUUGGCAGCUGGCGGUUGGCGGCAGACCCUCGCGGCAAAUGCAAUCCUGGUUGUGGUGACGAGGUUUGCUCCGUAGUGCCAGGAAGGAUCCUGACUAGGUUACCAUGAGGUGGAGACAUAAACGGUACGGUAUAGGCAAGGCACGAUUGAGCAGAGUGCAUUGAAGCACACUUUUGUGCCCAGCUGGUUGAGCUGCCCCUGCUUGCCAGAAUGUGUUUCUUCCGCCAAUUGCGAGCCUUGUGGCUAUGUGUGUUGGUCCUGUGGAAGUACAUGCAGAGCACUUGGGAGGCAAAACGGCUUUGCGAAGAAGAUGCCAAACGAUUCCUCAGCGCCCGAUACAGGGUGUUAGCAUUCCUCGGUGCUCGGGGCUUGCGACAGCUUGGAGGUGUUUGGCCAAAGGUAGGGCAGUACAUGAGCACGCAAGGUGACAAGUGGCCAGACGAAGUUUUGGCAGAACUCCGAAAGCUGCGGGAUGCCAUGCCAGCGGCACCUUUUCACACUACAAAGAGGACAAUCGAGGAAGACCUGGGCAAAUCGGUGGAGGAAUUGUUCCAGCACUUCGAGGAGCAGCCCAUUGCCAGUGCAUCGAUAGGUCAGGUGCACAAGGCCACCUUGCGGGAUGGGCGGCUUGUGGCAGUGAAGGUGCAACACAGACACGCUGCAAGGCAGAUUCCUAUAGAUGUCGCCUACAUGCGGCUACUCGCCAGAUUUGCUUGGGUGCUAACUCUGGGAGAAGUAGAUUUGAUGCCUGUCGUCACAGAGUGGCUAGGGGCAGUCCUCGAAGAGCUAGACUUUCAAAAUGAAGCCAAAAACCAGAUACGUGGUCGAACAGAGCUGCUGGAAGCAAAUGUGGACAUGGUGGUGCCAGAAGUCUUCCUAUCACUCUGUGGACGUCGGGUGUUGGUGAUGGAAUUUGUGGAAGGUCAUCAAGUCGCCGCAGGGGAUGCAUCCCUGACUCCUGACGAGCGGUUGGAGGUCAUGACUUCACUGGUCAAGGCCUAUGCGCACGGCUUAUUUGUGUCUGGUCACUUUAAUGGCGAUCCUCAUGCAGGCAAUCUUUUGGUCACACGUCGGCACGGCAAGGCAAAAUGCGUUUUGCUGGACUGGGGGCUAACAAAGCAGCUGAGUGAUCAACGGCGCUUGGCGGCUUGCAAGCUGAUUGUUUCGGUGGGCAUGAAGGACACCAACGGGAUUGUGGAAGCAUUCAGGGAGAUGGGCAUGAACUUUUCUGCCAACGCUGACCCGGAACCAGAACUACUGUUGGCAAUUCUGCGGCAGAUCAGCCUGAUUGAGAACAAACAGGAGUCCCGCAGGAUGCAAGCCAAAUUUGGGGAGACCAUGCAGAAAGCCAUGUCGCACAAGAUGGAGCUCCACACCAAGGUUGACAGCUACACCGGGGAUUUCUUCUUUAUUUUCAGAGUUGCCUCUUUGAUCAAGGGGUUGGCAACAGUGCUUGACAUCAAAGCACAGUUCCUUGAGAUUUUCAUUUCGGUGAGCCGCGGGGUCUUGGCUGGGCGCCGCCCGCAGCGACAACAAAGCCUAGCGCCGAGUGGGCAGCGGAUUUGGCGUGUGGCAGCGGAGGCGUUGCAGAGAGGCGCUGUAGGCAUACAAGUGGCAAAAGUUGAUGCAAAUGGCCAGCUGCAGCUGUCUUUGUCCUUGGGUUGUGUCUCCUACACUUCCUGGCAGCCGCUGCAUGAGAGCGACCCCUUCCCGCUUGGCUGCACAGUGCUUGGAGCACCUCUUUUCGCCACUGCUGUGGCUGCAGAAUUGCGCAAACGAGGUAUUGCGCUGAAUGCACCUGCAAAAACCUUUCUUUGGUCAAAGUACUCGGGGCCACUUACAGUUGGUGACAUCCUGCGCGGCACAAAACUGAUUUGCAAAGCCCCGCCACAAGCUACCUCGAGAAUGCUGGCAGACCUUCCAGCUUUGAUGAAAUGGCUUGAGUCUGCUCCAGCUGCUGAUGGUACGGCACCAGCCUGGUGGCCUUCAGCAGAGAGAGAAGCGGCAUGCGCAUGGCUCCUCAAGGGCGGAAGGCAAAGCCCCAGCAGUGUCAUGAAGGAUUUGUUUUCCGAGGUGCGCCGGCCUAUGUUCAGAGCAUGCAUGUCGCCCAUACAGAUCUCAAAGCCAAUUAUGAGCGUGGAGAGUGCUGAAGUCGAGGCCGCCCAGGACUCCCUGGUUGCGUCUUUGGGAGCAGAUGAAAUGCGUGCCAUGCAUUUGACAGAUGUGUGCCUGGCCAACCACCCUGCCCUGCGAGAUUCGGAGCGCUCGUUUGGUCAGGCAGCCUCUGCAGCAUCGGCUGCAGCAGCAGCGCUUCAUGUGAAAGAUGAGCUCUGGGACAAAGCCACUCUAAGCAAUCAGCUGAGCUGCGCCAAGCGAAGCCGUCAAGGGGAGUUGGCGGUGGUCUUCCUCACCUGUGCGGAUGCUGACUUGGCACUGCAGCUUGCGGAGUUGGCGCUGGAGACAUGAGUCACAUUGAGGUCCAAUUUUCAUUCUCAAUUUCGGCCUGUGAGUAGUGGCCCAAGCUUUGAUCAGGUGACAGCCACCCCGUGUUUCCAAGGAUCACGGCGAUCUUGUCCAGAAUGACCCGCCAGUUUCUCAAGGGCACUUUGGGAUUGCGCACCUUUGGAUGGACCUCCAUCGGGGUUGCAUCCUGCGUAAGUUGAAUGCCCACCAAUUGCUUUGCUUUGGCCAACAGCGCCGACGUGAGUGGUUGGUGGACGAGUGUCGGACUUGAAGUCCAAUUGCAUCUCUCUGGAUUGAGCCGG